CUAAACAUUGCAAUUUGUGAAUUAAAUUAUUUACUAAUAUUUGUGUGAAACAAACAUAAUAAAUGAUGAUAUCGUAAUAUCACCACAGUGUUAUUGUUGUUAUUUAUUAAAAAUACCAGAUGCUGAUUCAAAAAUGUAUUUUCCGAUAGGAUGGCCUAAAGUUUUACAAAACUUGGGUAGUGAUACCCAGUUCAAGCAAAUCGUUUCGAAUAGGGACAAGAUCUUGUUUGCCUCACUUAGUGAAGAUUGUUUUGUUGUCUGGUUUUGCAAGCCCAGCGUGCCUAUAGUGUAUCACAAACGGAGUGUGGAAUCUCUACAGAGACUGGGAGUCAAUAUUGGAGUGGAAUGGAAACCAGAUUCAUCAAUGAUAUGCAUUUCGACAUCAGAGGGACAUUUGAUCUUAUACAAUGUGGAAGCACAGAGUGAACAAACAGCAUAUCAACAAUGUGACCCACCUAUGGCAAGUCUCAGGAGGGAUUCCGCAGAACUUUUUGUAAAGGAAGUUAUACCUUCCUUGAAAAUUACAAUUUUCAAAGAAAUUCUUGUAUGGGACGGGCACAUAACUCGGAUGUGCUGCAUAUCAGGCACAGAGAUCCUCGUAUGCACGACACGUGCACAUCUGUUGAGGUAUCGCUGGGACGGCACUCAAAACCGCGACUACUGCCUCGAUCUAGGGCGGAUACCUUUCUCAAUCAACCAGCAAGUUUCUAAAGCUGAGCCCAUAUUGGAAGACAAUACUCACGUCAAUGAUAUUGAAUAUUCCCCGCUGGUGUGUGGGUUCGGCAUUACACUCAAUGAUGGCAGGGCUGCAUACCUCACUGCACCAAAUCUCAAGUUUGAUCCUAAUGCAGUUCAAGGCAUAUGGGCGCAGGGCAUUGACGAUGCCACGUGUGUUCGUGUCAACCACAAGUUUAGGCUCAUCGCAAUCGGUAGAAAAAAUUCUCAAGUGGACGUGUUCACGAUAGAUGAGGCGACAGGCGGUUUGGAGCUGUCGCAUACGAUGGUGCUAAGUUCCAAAGACUUCCCCGGGGACCCCGGCCCUGUUAAAUGUUUGAGAUGGACUGGUGACGGUCGGGCAGUGGCCGUGAGCUGGGAAGGUGGAGGUGUGUCUGUGUGGAGUACCUUCGGCGCUCUGCUGAUGUGCUCCCUUGCGUGGGACUACGGCCUCAGUCAAGACUUGGCCCGACACAAUCCGCUCGUGGUUUGCAGUAUGGAAUGGGCCACAGAAGGAUACCAAUUGUGGAUGGUAAAAAUAGAAGAGGAUUUCAAGUCAAAUUUAAUUCAAAUGGAGUUUGUCAAGAGCCCGCUCAGUGUGAACCCUGGAAUGAGCAACCAAAGGCAUCUGUAUCUCCAAGCGGACGACAAACUUUACGUGAAUGUAGACGAUAAUCUCACGCGACGGACAAAAAUAUCGAUAAUCGACUCAUCCUCCGAUACGUACCAAGAGAAUGGUGCAGAUGAGCCUUUAGAGUACGACAGCAGUGCCAAGUACAAAGAGUUUGUAGACGACAAUGAGUGCAGGAAGCAAUGGAUUGUGUUGCAACUACCCGCUACUUAUAUUGCCAGCAAUUGGCCCUUACGUUUCAGCGCGGUGGACCCAAGCGGGCAGCACGUUUGCGUAGCGGGACGCGCGGGCCUCGCCCACUACAGUUGCGCCGCGCGGCGUUGGAAGCUGUUCGGCAACGAAGCUCACGAGCGGGACUUUGUCGUCACCGCCGGCGCCCUCUGGUGGCGGGACUAUAUUGUCGUCGGUUGCUACAGCAUUAUUGAAGGCCACGACGAAAUUCGUUUCUACCCUCGUGACGCCAAGCUGGACAAUCGGUUUGCGAAGAUAGUUCGUGUGCAGGCGCAAGUGUUCGUGCUGGACAUACUGGAUGAUCAGCUCGUAGUCUUUGGAGCUGACGCCCUCGUGACCAUUUACGAGUUGAAUAGGAUCGAUAAUAAUGGGAGUAUAGAAGUGCGCUGCGUGCAAGCGGUGGACAUUUCGGCGUUGUCUCACCCGGCGUGCGUGGUGUCGGCUUCGCUGUGCAGACUGCAAGACCCGUCGCCCGCACACCUAGCCCGCACCGACCAACCGGCCGCGCCGCACUCCUUGGUAAUCAACGCAAGCGGUAAACUUAUGAUGGUGCAAAGAGAAGAAUAUGACGUAGAUGAAGACAACAAUCCCGCGUACAGCUGUCUACCAGCAACGGUGCUGGCAUCUUGCGUGGAAAGCGUAUGGUCCGGCAGCGGUACUGGAGCCCAAACGCAGUUGUCACGAGCCUUAUGGCUAUGGUGUGGAAUUCUAGGCGCGAGGGUCUGGCUGCCAUUAAUAUCGCGUGAAGCAACCCGCCGGACCGAUCCUUCAAGGCAUACUUUCAUGGCUAAAAGGAUCAUGCUACCUUUCCAUCUCGACAUAUAUCCACUGACCAUUCUUUUCGACGACGCAAUCCUUCUAGGAGUAGAGAACGACACAACUUUAUAUGCAUCCGAUUCAAACUCAGUCUUCUCGCUGCCGUUUUGCGUGAUAAAUAGAACGAGUCAAGUAUAUCUACACCAAAUACUUCGUCAACUAUUACGUCGUAACCUCGGCUAUCACGCUUGGGAGAUCGCUAGAUCGUGUUCCCAGCUGCCAUACUUUCCGCAUUCUUUGGAGCUGCUGUUACAUGAAGUCUUGGAGGAAGAGGCCACGAGUAAGGAGCCUAUUCCGGACGCACAGUUACCAAGUGUUAUAGAAUUCGUGCACGAGUUUCCUGUUUAUUUACAGACAGUAGUCCAGUGUGCGCGUAAAACUGAGAUAGCUCUAUGGGCGUAUCUGUUCUCCGCGGCCGGCAAACCUAAGGAAUUGUUUCAAGAAUGCCUCCAUCGGAAGAUGCUCGACACAGCGGCAUCUUAUCUCAUAAUUUUACAGAAUUUAGAAAGUUCAACGGUAAGCAGACAGCUGGCGACACAGUUAUUAGAUACAGCACUACAGCAAGAACGCUGGGACCUGGCUAGAGAUCUGGUACGCUUCUUAAGAGCUAUUGAUCCCAACGAUGUGGAUUCACCUAGAAAUUCAGUGAACGUCCAACAGAAGUACGGACAAGUUGUACAGUCUCAAACUGUUAGCCCGAACGCAGAGGAUUUGUCCGUCAUUCUUGGAAGUAUGCAGUUGGCAGGUGGUCGCGGACGAAGUUUUAGCACCACUGCGGCGCCGCGGGAACCCUCCCCACCCGCGGGCUCCACCCCCGCGCCCGCCCCAAGACGCACAGCCGCAGCCACUGCGGCGGUAAAGAGGAAAAAGUCUGUGCCUGCGAGAAGCGACAAGGAAUCAUACAACGGUACAGCGGAAGAAUUCUUCAUCGACAUGAUGAUACAAAGGCACGCGCGUCUGCUUCUAUCAACCGCGCGACUGGUUGCUUUGGGUAGACUGGCUGCAUCGCUAGAUUUACACCUGGUGGCGUGGCUGGCGGGGGAGAGAGAGCGCGCCGCUCGUGUGGACAGUGCGGUGCUGUGUCUGAAGAGGUUGCACGAAGACUUCAACUGGCCAUACCCCGCACUACCCGAAGAGGAGCAAGUGCAGAGGAAGAGUAGCGUUGUUCCCGUACAAUACACUGGCAACACGGAAUCGGAUAGUCAGUGCGGGGACAGCGGCUACGUUUCGCUGUCGCUCCGUGCCGUCUUACCGCUGGCGGCGGGUGCACCAUUCUCUCCCGCGCCCCUAAGUUCGGUUGGUGAAGCGAGUGUGGCGGAAGGCGGUGGUGUCGCAUGGGGUGGAGCUUUGACUGACGGCGAAAGUGCGGCGGAUGUUGGUGAAGAAAGACGUUACGCCGCUCUCAUGGAACGCUUACAUCACCACCAGGCGGAGAGGGGAGACCACACUGCGCAUGUUCAGCUUAGAUACUAUCUACAGCUGAUGACGGAAGCCAGCUGCGUGGAGUGGGCGUUGGUAGUGGCGGUGGCGCUGCGGGACGCGUUGGCCGUGUUGCGUUGCGCCAACGCCGCCCGCGGGCCCGACGUCAGCCUGCAAGCCGCACGGCGAUUGCGCACCGCACUAAUCGACUUGCACGCGUGGACAGACGUCGAAUGCCUCGGUUACAAGCCAUUCAUGAUGGCGAUCAGCAACCAAAUCCCGUGCCUGACGUCCAUAAUAACCACCAGAGAGCGGCGCGUGUCUAUGGCACUGAACCGGGCCCGGACACCCAGCACCACCUCGCUGACGGAAACCAAGCAAACCCCUCAGGAACCGAGACUCCCACCGCCGCAAAAGGCUCAAGAAGUAUCAAAGCAGUCGGUAAGAAAGGACUCUCCUAUAACUAUGCCCGAAGUUCAGGCAGAAGUUUCCACCGUAAGACCUUCCCUACCGCACCGGGAGGAAGUCGCGUCUAACUGUGCCAUAAUGUAGACUUUUUUGUAAUGUGUAUGAUGAAUAACCACUGACCUCUAUUAAUAAUUGUCUUUAUUUGACUGACGUUAUUCCGGCGCUGUAAGUAUGAAGCUGUAAUAUGAGUGUCCAAGGAAUUAAAAGGGAAAGGUCCAAAAUUGUAUGAAGCGUUGAUCUGGUGGUUUAAACUAGUUUACUUAGGUUAAUGUUUAACCAAUCCUGAUUGUCCAAAUCCACCGUAUCAAUUCCUAUCGUUGUAUAUCCAAGUCUAAUGCAGUGCUAAAAUAUUUAUUCAACAAAUACAAAACACUGAUAAUAAUGGCUAAAAAUUCUGUCAACUGUCACGAGGUCAUUUUUUAUUAAUAUUUUAAAAUAAAGAAAUAAACCCAAACAUUGGUCACAUUAUAAGAACGGUGAUAAAAAAUUAAUUAACAAUGUCUAUUCCGACAAACAAAAUCAAAACAUGUAAUAAUCUAUUACCUUCUGAAUAAAAGAAUAUUUGCAUAAACACAUGUCAUUACAACAUUAAAAAAGUUAUUUACGAGUAAGUGGUAUAAAGGAAAGAAAUUACAGGUAUCCAGGUUAGCAGGCAAUUAUUUUUUAAUAUAAGCAUAUCUAAAAACUGAAUCCGUAUAUAAAAAUUACUUGCUGAUUUUCUUUAUUUAAUGACUGAAAUGUAUAAUACUUGUAUUCUAUAAUAAAAACACGAUAAGAAAUUUAAUCACCAAUAAUGUACGCGCUAAAAAAAUAACAAUUACUCGCGUCACUUGUUUACACUUCAUUACAUUUGACAGUAAAAUUAAACGCACCUGCAAUGGAAUGACGCCACCUUGCAUCGGUAUUGAAAAACUUGGAAUUAUAUUUUCAUUAAAACAUUUUUAGCACGUUAUUCAAGCUAUCUUAUUUUAUUUAAUUUAAAAUUACUGCUAGUUUAAGCUAUUUACGCUUCACAGUACAGAGACCUUACCGAAAACGGACCGUCUUCUUUGAAUGACUAAAAUCACUAAAAUAUUUAUUCUACAUGGGAGGUCUUGAAGCAACAACGACGAUAAUUAUGUAAAGGGUCAAAAAAAAUUGCGAUAAACCUAGCCCUAUUAUAAUACAUUAAUAUGGAUUUGUAUGCGUAUUACUUAUGGAAUUAUAUUAUUGUAAUUUAUUAAAAAAAAAAUAAUAAUCAAUUAUUCUUUUUAUGAUUUGUAGUAUACCUGGUGAAGGUUUUUCUUAGUAAAAAUAAUAAAAUAAUUUUCAUUUACGUUUGUCAGUAUAUCUAGUCUUCUUUACAAUUGUAUUUAGUUCAAUUUAUAUAUUGCAUGACUAUUUAUAUGAUUUAUUAUGAAAUAAAAUAAUUAUUUAUUCACUAACUCUAGCAAUCCUCAUAAUUAAGCAAAGCAAACUAAAACUAGUGGUAAAUAUUAAAUGUUAAUAUUAUAGUGUAAAAUGUAUACUAACAAUUUCAAUAAUUUUAAUAACAUCUUAUUUGUAGAUAAGAGUUUGUAGAUUUUAAAUAGAUAAAUAAAUACGUUUGUCUUCCCGGUUGAUAUUAAAAUAUCAAUAAUAAAAUAACGUUUGGAGUUUUGAAGUGAUCUAGUAUAGAAUUCUGGGUUAGAUUUAGAUUAUAAUGGUACCAUUUCUGUUGUACAAAAGUCCCGAACUAAACUGAAUAGCCUAAAAGUGAUACCUUAUUUAUUUAAUAAAGGAAGAUUGGAAACACGAAGUUAGUAAGUGGACUUAAUUCCGGAAACUACAAAUCCUUGCCCCACUAAUCUUCGCUCAACUGAGCUUUGCCCUAUUUAUCCUUGCUCCACUUUUUAUUUCCGCACUUCUUCACCCUUGCUCCCCUAAUCUUUGUCACUGCUGCCAAUUCUAUUGUGCAAUUUCUAAACUGACAAGUCUUAAAAUAAUGCUAUCCCUUUCAUAGUAGAGAAGUGUAGCGCCAGAUUUAGUUUAGUUUUAAGGUUUGUGUACACAUGCUGACGUUAUUUUAAAAAGUGCCAACUUUUCUUCGUAUAUAGUUACGAAUUAUCAUCAUUGAAUUGCUACAUAAUAACAACUAGGAUCAUUAUUCUAGACACUCUAUGGACUGUCUUAAUCUAAACAUGCCUUAAAAAUUAUGUUACUAAUUCGAGCUACUACUUUACGGCAAUAUUUCUUAAUAUUUGUAACGAAUAAGAAUAGAAAAUGUCUCGAAAAUUAAGUUUACACUAAGGUAAUUGCAGAGUUUAGUCAAAUAAAUUAUACGUUUUCUCUAAUUGUUUGAAACUAUAGACCAAAGCGCGAGGCUAAUGACGUGCUGCCAUGUUUAAAAAUAAAAUUUGAUUCGAGCUGAUGUGUUUGCGCCUUUAAUAAACUAAUUAGAACUAAUUCUUAAUAUAAUUGUGUUACGACCGAAUACUGAAAUGUCACUUAGUACUUGAGGGCAUCUUAAAAAUCGUUCGAUUAAUACGACGGUUUUUUGUAGAAAUAGAAUUUUUUAUAAAAACGUGCCAAUUAAAAUUUAAGGUGCCCUUAAUUUUAUCAAGUUCAGUAUUCUAGGUCAAACCUAUGUAAUUCUAUGAAUAGUACCGUAAUUAACUUUACGCUUAAGUGGAGUAGAAUAUCAGUGACAUUUAACGUCCAUAUUUUUAUUAAACUAGUUCGUAAACUAAAAGCGAAAUGAUUUCAUUCAGUUUAUUCACAGUACAAUGUAACGUAUUUUAAUAUGUUUGCCUUCUAUAAUUUUUAAAAUAGUGAAUAAUGUUAAUUGUUUGUAGCAAUGAAUUCGUUCGUUGAAUAUAAUUUAAAAGAAAGAGACCGAUUUUGCGGUAGAAUUGAUGCUUUAAUUGAGCCUGUAAAGUCGGCUUUCUUGAAUUUAUCAGGUCAUAGUUAAUAUAAACAUUAUUUCGACUUCAUAAACCGCGCAGUCGAAGAAUUAUAGGACAGAAAAUUGAACUUUCGUCGCCAACCACCCUUCUGCCCUGGUGAUGGCCGUGAGGUUCAUAGGACGCCAUUUUCUACUUUAGCAGGUACCCUUUUAUGUACCCUUAUUUCUAAAUUAAUUUUACACCCUCAUAGCAGUGCUAGUAUUUUAAACCAUUUGUGCUGCUCAAUAGUGUAUCUCAUCGAAACAAACUGUCCCUGCCAUCUAGGUGCCAAGUUUAAAAAGCUUGAGUGCAAGUAGAUAGAGUAAAAACUCUUUACUGGAGUCUGUGCUAAUCUGUCAAAUUUACAGCAAAUUAGUGUUGUUUCACAUUAAUAUGUUGCGAGUGAAUAUUUUUGUACGCGUCUUAUACUGUCACACAAUAAAAAAACAGGCAAACCUCUUACUACCUAUCUGCGACACCUGAACCCAUAUAGGUUGAAGCGCCCUCUUACUCAUGAGACGCCCUAAAAACAUCCUUUACUCUCUUAAAACCCCUACGGUCGCUCUUAAAACCCCUACGGUAUUCAGUAACUAUAAACAAUCUAAAACAACAACUAGCUUCCUCAGUGUGUGAGAGAGUUAAAUGCGGUGCAUAACGUCACACGCCGUUUGUCUUCUCCCACUAGACUAUUUGUUUGUGUCCAUGCAUUAUAAAAUUUACGUUAACUUCACUGAGCUAGUUUUGUGCAUGCAAAAGACGUUGUUUAGUUUAUAAAUUAAAUAAAUAAGUAAAUCCUCCAAUUUUGUUAGUAGUUUUUAAGUCGUCAAGGUCAUCUUUAUGAAAUAAAAUAACCGGUAAUUUUAUUUUAACUGGCUCUGAAUACUAACAUUUUCAUAUUUUUUUAUGAUUUUUUGUAUUGUAUAGCGACCUAACGAAAUUGUGUUUAUUACAUUUCAAUAUGAUUUAGUACAAAAAAUACAUUUUAAUUAAUAUUGAUGAUUAUUGUGACCAUAAUA